AUGGAGAGGCGGCAGAGGCACUGGAUGAGACCCCUKGCAGGGCUGCUGUGUGCUUGGCUGCUUUCCUGGGGCUGCCGGGCGGCGCCGGAGCGGCUGCGCUAYGCGAUUCCCGAGGAAAUGAGCAGCGGCUCCGUGGUGGGGCCGCUGGCGCGGGACCUGGGMCUGAGCCCGGCAGACCUGCCCGCMCGGCAGCUGCGGAUCAGCUCGGAGAAGCACUACUUUGCGGUGAGUGCGGACACGGGGCACCUGUACGUGAGCGAGCGUCUGGACCGCGAGGASAURUGYGGCCACUCGGCGUCCUGCGUUGUSGCUCUCGAGGCGGUGGUGCAAAACCCGCUCAACAUUUUCCAUGUCGAUGUGGACAUUCAAGACAUCAAUGAUAACUCCCCGCUAUUUAGCAAGGCUUGUCUCGACCUGGAGAUCGGUGAAUKGAUCCUUCCCGGUGCGCGAUUUCCGCUGCAGAUGGCRCAAGAUCCGGAUGUGGGAAGCAACUCGCUACUCAGCUACCARCUCACCGAAAACCCCUCCUUCAGSCUGGAAGUGAAGGAGACACCAAGUGGCAAGAAGCAGCCCGARCUSGUGUUACAGGCAGCUUUGGAUCGCGAGAAGCAGAGCUCGUUUGAGAUGGUGCUGACGGCGGUGGACGGCGGGUCUCCAGCGAGGUCGGGCACUGUCCAGAUUCGCAUCAACGUGACAGACGCGAACGACAACGCGCCCGUGUUCAGCAAAAGCAGCUACGAGGCGCGAGUGCGGGAGAAUGUGGCGACGGGCUCGCUGGUGCUGCAGGUGCGAGCCAYGGACGCGGAUGCGGGCUCCAACGSACGAGUCUCCUAYUCCUUCAGCAAYGUGCCCGACGCYGUCCGYGCUGUYUUYRRYAUAGACAGYGASAGYGGUGACAUYCGCAMUGURGGAAUUCUGGAUUUCGARGAGSRRAARGAAUAYACCUUCGRAGURGMWGCRAGGGACGGGGGMGGSCUSASYRGUCACAGUCAGGUGCACAUAGAGMUCACRGACGAGAACGACAAYGCRCCCGAGAUAACGACGUUGUCURUGUCGAGCUCAGUACCCGAGGACUCCCCGCCYGGCACCGUSGURGCCCUCAUCAAGGUUCGAGACCGGGACUCCGGCGAGAACGGGAAGGUGUGGUGCGAGCUGGAGGGCGAGUCGCCGCUGUCGAUCGUGGCGUCGUCGGGCAGCUCGUACAAGGUGGUGACGGCGAGCGCGCUGGACAGGGAGCGUGCGUCCGAGCACAACGUGACGGUGGUGGCGAGCGACCGGGGCAUCCCGUCGCUGUCGAGCCGCACGGCGCUGUCGCUGUCCCGCUUCUCCGUGGGCGGCGCCGCCUUCCCGGCCGACUUCUGCGAGGGCACCUUGCCCUACUCGUACAACCUGUGCGUGGCGCCGGCACGCGCCGUGGCCGAGUGCGCUUUGGUGCCGGCGCCGCUGCCCAGCCGCGCCGUCGACGAUCUUCUCAGCGGGGACGCGCCCGCCAUGCUUACGCCCAGCAACACUUGUCCCCCAGCAGARCCGUCCUCGGAUCUCGACGCCGUGCAGACCCACUCUGCACGCGGGGGAGCGGAGCGGCGGUGCAGCCUCCACGACAAGGCAAUGAGCCGGUCGCCAGGGCGAGCGCUGCUGUGGUGCGCCUGGGUGGCGGCGUGGGAGCUUGUGUAUGGGCAGUUGCACUACUCGGUGCCCGAAGAGAUGCAGAAGGGCUCCUUCGUGGGCGACGUGGCCAAGGAUCUGGGGCUGGAGCUCUCGGCGCUCCGCGACCGCGGCGUCCGUGUCGUUUCGGAAGGUAGGAGACAGUAUUUUUCUUUAAAUGAGAAGAGCGGCCAUUUAGUGACGGCGGAACGGAUAGACAGGGAGCAGAUCUGUGAAGCUGCUGAUGAGUGUGUGCUGCGCUGUGAAAUCGUAGUGGAGGGCGAAAUGAAGSUUUAUACAAUCGAAGUGGAAGUGAGAGACAUUAACGACAACGCGCCCACUUUCAAAAAAGUGCAGCUGGAGGAAAUAAUAAGCGAGACAACAGCAGUGGGGUCGCAUUUUCCCCUGGCUGAGGCUCAUGACCCGGACAGGGGGAAUAAUUCCCUGCAGCGUUACGAAUUGAGAGGCGAUGAACACUUCUCCCUGGCCGUCCGGACAGGAACCGACGGGGAGAAACGUCUCGACCUACUUCUGGCGAAGGCGCUGGACCGCGAGAAAGCCGCCUUUCACGAGCUCGUGCUGACAGCGUUAGACGGGGGUGAUCCACCACGGACAGGCUCGACGCGGAUCCGCGUGAUCGUGUUGGACGCCAACGACAACGCGCCGGUGUUCAGCCAGGAAGUAUAUACGGUGCGUGUGAGGGAGGACGUGCCCCUGGACUCUGUCCUACUCACCGUCAGUGCCACCGAUGCCGACGACGGAAUGAACGCACAAGUGACAUUUUCGUUUCAAAAGAUAUCAAUGAAAGCAUCUGAAAUAUUCCAUCUGGACACGAAAACGGGAGCGAUCACGCUGGUAAAGAGUCUGGACUUCGAGGAAGGGGUCUCGCACGAUCUGCAAGUGCAAGCGAAGGACGGUGGAGGCCUUUCAGACACGGCGAAAGUCUCCAUCACGGUGAUUGACGUCAAUGACAAUGCUCCCGAGAUCUCAGUGCGCUCUUUGCUGAACGCGGUGCCGGAGGAUAUUCCAUCGGGGACGGUGGUGGCCCUGUUGCACGUGCAAGACCGCGACUCGGGGGCAAACGGGGAGGUGAGGUGCUCCCUGGACGCGGGGAUGCCCUUCCGUCUGCGCAGCUCGCUGGACAGCUACUACAGCGUGGAGACGUCGAGGGAGYUGGACCGCGAGGCGGUGUCGGAGUACAACGUGACGGUGCGGGCGACGGACGGCGGGUCGCCGGCGCUGUGGAGCAGCGCGGUGCUGCCGCUGCGCGUGCUGGACGUGAACGACAACGCGCCGGUGUUCGCGGAGGCGCGCUACAGCGCCCGUGUGCCCGAGAACAACGCCAAGGGCGCGCUGGUGCUGMGGGUGCGCGCGUGGGACGCGGACUCGGGUCCGAACGCGCGCGUGCGGUACCGGCUGUGGGAGGGUCAGGUGCGUGGCGCGCCGCUGUCRUCGUACGUGUCGGUGCACGCGGAGACGGGCGCGCUGUACGCGCUGCGCUCCUUCGACUACGAGGAGGUGCGCGAGGUGGGGCUGUGGGUGGUGGCGGAGGACGGCGGCGCGCCGGCGCUGAGCAGCAACGUGUCGGUGCGUGUGUUGAUCGGGGACGAGAACGACAACGCGCCGCAGAGCCAGCUCGGCUGUCCGGGCGGCAGCUGCUGCAACACCCUCCCGGCCGCGCCGCCGCCCGACAAAGGCGCGCCGCUGCUGCUGCCUGAGGAGCCCGCGAGCGCCCGCGGCGACGCCCACAGCGGAGACGCCCUCCUGCGCUUCUCCGUGGGCGGCGCCGCCUUCCCGGCCGACUUCUGCGAGGGCACCUUGCCCUACUCGUACAACCUGUGCGUGGCGCCGGCACGCGCCGUGGCCGAGUGCGCUUUGGUGCCGGCGYCGCUGCCCAGCCGCGCCGUCGACGAUCUUCUCAGCGGGGACGCGCCCCUGAUGCUCACGCCCGGCAGCACUUGUGCCCCAGCAGAGCCGCCCUCGGAUCACGAUGCCGUACAGCUAAACAAACGACUUCAGGCGAUUACUAAAGUGAUGAGUUACAAGGUUAACUUUUAG